UUCAAAUGGAGUACUAUUCAAAACUGAUGCAAGGUUGAUUGCAACAGGCGGGUUUUAUGGACCCGGAAUUAAUUUUUAGGAAUUUUGAGGAUUUAACCUACCAAAGUGCUCCUAUAUUUUUGGUUAGUAAAAGAUACAUCUUUCCCCAUUUAAAAAUUUGCCACAUUUGCCAAUAAAUCUGACAACUAGCAAAUAAUUCCUGUUUACUCGCUAUCGGGAUUUUGAUAAUUUUUUCCUAUGUAGGUUAAUUAUAAUACCGUCGUCAAAUGCGUUUCCCUAAGCUGACCGUUAUAUGUUUAGAUCGGCAAUCAGUCUCUAUGAAAUAAACGACUGCAUCUCUGCCUGAAUUCUAGAUGAUGUCCUGUUUCAUCUUGAGUAUAAUGGACACCUGGUGUGCUUAUUCGAAUAAGCUGGCAUUUAUAUGUGGCAGCCCAUGUUAUUCUGGUAUAAACUAGCACUUCUUAUCACUAUGAAACACUAGUGUUUCCUGUAUCCCUUCUGUCAAACAUUUUUAUUUCAACACAAAGUGCCUCUGAAAUGGUUAACUUUGAAGUUCUAGGAAGCUUCUGGUUAAUAAUAGCAGUAUUUGCAACAACAACAAAUGCUCUUGAUUGCAACAGUUUUAAACAAGAAUGGAUGAAGUUAAGGUAUACUAUGCUAACAGGAGUUCAUAGUUCAACUAUAAAUGGCCCAACAUCAAACAUUUGUCCUGUUACCGGUACUUCUUGUUGCGAUAUCAAUAUGGAGCGUGAAAUGUACACAGUUGGCCAGCGCCAAUUAAUAAAACAAUGCAAUUCAUGGUUACAAGUGGCUAGAAAGAUGAGCAAUGAUAGUGCUUCACUUGAAUUAACUUUUCAAAUGGAUUUACAACAAGCUAAAGGACGGUUACAUCAGUUUUUCAGCCGGAUUUAUGGCUACAACUACAAAUUGCACAGAAAUUUCUUCUUCGGGUUUUUCACCGAUUUGGAGCAAUAUAUGGCUGGUCAAAGAGGUCAACUGGGAUUAUUAAUUAAAAAUUUCUUCAGUCAACUCCGUGACAGUAUUGUUAGUCUAAUUGAGAGAUCUGGACAAGUUACCUCUAAUCCUUCCUUUGGUAAUUCUGGCUCUGUAUCAUCUAGUGCCGGUUCACUUGCUAAUAAUGUUCCUGGUGUCGGUGGGACGGAUGAAGCUAGCGAAUCUCGGCGUAUUCGUUGUUUAUCUGAUAAGGUGGCACAGUUGCGUCCAUUUGAUGAUGUUGAUGUUCGACUGCAUGCUCGUAUGCUUGAAGCCUAUCCACCUGCUCGUAUGUUGGUUAAUGUUCUAUCUGUAACCAGCAAAUUAUUAUACCAGCUUGUUGAUCAGGUUGUGACGCAAUCACAGUGUGUUUUGGGGAUUACACGUUACCGAUUCUGUGCUUUAUGCAAUGCACAAUCACCGUCUAAUGUGUGUCCUGACAGUUGUUCACAAUUACUAGCCAGUUGUUUACACGGUGAUGGACCGAAUGAAGCACAGUUGGCGUAUAUUUGGCCUCAGUUAAUUGAUGCAAUUAUUAUGGCAACCAAUCGACUGGAACGAUCAUUUAACUUUCCUGCAGUUAAUCGUAAUCUUCAAAUGGAAAUAUCUGAAGCGAUAACUAGUUUACAAACACGCUAUAGUGAAACAAAAUCUAAGUUUGAAUCCGAAUGUCGAUUUGGUUCUUCAGGUCGACGAAUGCCCACGCUAUUCAAUCCUAUUGGAUCUCAUAGUCAAGAUAAUCGUGUAAAUCAUUCAGAUAUCUCUCGAUGGCCUAUGAUGUCAGAUUCUUCUAAUAGACAAUUAUAUCGGAUGGCUCGAUCACCAUCAUCAUCUUAUGCUCAGUCCUCAUCAUCGUCACCUGUUUCACAAGAAUUUCUCGCCUGGCAAACACGACAACAAAUGCCACAGAUGAUGUCUAGUAAUAAUCAUCCACCAAAAAUGGAUUAUGGUCAGUCAAUCAAUCAUCGUGAUUGGGAUACAUCAGAUAAGGGAAAUUCUAUGAAUAGUCCACAUGAUCUUGUUCGACAAGCUGGUGAAAUCAAACAAACUUAUUUAUCAUUACGAAAUUUAUUCAAUGGUCCAGUGGGUGGUGAUUUAUGCCCCAAUAAUAAUAAUAAUAAUUUGACAACAUCGAAUGAUGUAAAUUUGGCGAUUAGUAAAAUUGAUGCAAACAAUUCCACUGGUGGUGAAUGCUGGAAUCCACCAAGUCUACCAAUCACACCUCCUGAUCCAGGGAUUACACAGAUUCUGGCUCAACUUUAUGAAGCUUCGAAAAGACUACACGAUGCAUCGUCAAACACUAAAGAUCCUGACACAUUAAUUGUUCAACCACUUCCUCGAUCGAAUUCAAAUGCAUAUUCUAGAAGUGGUCAAAAUAAUCCUUUAAAUGAUCCACUUUUAUCUAAUCAAUACAUAGCACAGGAUCAAUGGCAAGGACCUAGUCAAUCUAGAAUGCAUAAUUCAUAUGAAACCGGUGGAAAUUUUGGAAUUGAGAGUGGAAGUGGUAAUCAACCCAACACUUUACAGUAUCCAGGAGAACCACUGACUCAAACUUUUGACCAAUCAUCUAAUCAGUUUAAUAAUAUGUUUCCAGGAGAUCCGCAUAGUAAUAAUGAUCCUCGUUUGUACAAUUCGGCUUUGGAUCGUGAUAACAAGAAGACUAAUGUCGAUCCUAACCGAUAUUCUAAUCAAAAACCUACACAACAAUGGCCUGAAAAACCAUCCACAGCAUAUAGUAAUAGUAAUAAUUGGGGUAAUACUGGAAAUGGAAGAAAUAAUUGGGAGUCAAGUGGAUCAACAGAUCUAAAUAUACCCGUCUUUCAGGAAAUGACAACUCAAAGUGAAAUUAUUACUACCUCAGUAACUGUGCCGCAGACGACAACUGUAUCAACAACCCUAUCGGUUGUCACUCCUACCACUGUUUCACAAUCUACAUCUACACGACCGGCUUCAACAUUAACUCCUGCACAUGAAGCAAGAGGCAUAUCGACUACUGAAACGAACAAUUUUGUUACUGAAACUGUAACAGUACAUACACCAACUGUUGUAUCUACUACUUCUGCGUUAGAUAAGCGUCCUUCCAGUAUAGUACAUAACACAGAAGCAACCCUAAAAUCUAGUACUUUCACAGAUUCAUUGUUAUCAUCUACUGAUCGAUCGAAUAAAUUCGGUUACUUACCAGAUGAUGAAGAUAACACACAAGUAGGCUACCAGACUCCUAACCCACAGAAUACCAACUCUUGGCAUCAGCCUGACAGAAUUCCACAAACACCUUUCCAAGAGGGUUCUGGAGAACAAGGCAGUGGUGAUACAUCAGUCUAUGUACCGCAGUAUCAAGGAACAAAACCACUAUGGCCAUCAUCUGAUAGACAAUCUGUUAACCAAAAUGCUGCAGGAUUUGGCUACAAUGAAGAUACUGAUUAUCUGAGCCCUCAGCCAGAUAAGAACUUAGCUUUUUAUCAAAGUACACACAAACCUGUAGAAAAUCAACGAAAUUCUGGAUCCUGGAAUGUCCCUCCCGAUAAAUUAGCCUCAGGAUUUGUGGAGCAAGCUAGCGGAGUGAAUCCAAACGCAGAAUGGAAUGAAGAUAAAAAUGUCCUACGCACCGGUUCGUCACAAUGGCAAGAUACACUGGAAGGUAGUGGAAGGAACAACCAAGAAUUAGUACAAAAUCCGAUAUCAGAGGAUUUGUCCCGGUUACAACCACCAAUCCAAACGACAGUGCCACCUAUACCUUCACGUGUUGAAAAUGUCCCUGGAAUCCUUCCGCAUCCACCCCUUCCACCUCCUGAAGUAUGGGUCCCAGCAAAACUAAGUCCCGGUCAACCUGCGUCACCUAUAUUGCUAAUACGUGAAUAUAGUGUCGAAGGACCACUCUACGGAAAAGAAGAUAUUACCUCACAUCCUUAUAAUUCAGCAUCUAUUCAGUCACUGUUGUUCACGUCAAUACUUUUACCUCUAAUUACCUUGUUUCUCUUCUAAAACGAUAACUUUACAGCUGCAGUUUUUUAAUGUACAUAGGCGCAUUUAAUAGCCUUUGCUCAAAAUGUAUUUAAACGUAUCUUGUUAACAUUUAAAAGUGCUUUAAUCCUUUUCAUACUCAUUUGCACAACAGUAACUUAAUCUUUGCAUUUACUUCAGGUAUUCUCAUCGGUUUGACAAUAAAAGCCUCAUAAUUGUGGUUGUUUCGGAUGUAUAAGAUAGAAAAAUGUCAUAAAAUAAAAAAAGUUUAUUUGUUCUUUAUAUAUAUAUAUAUAUAUAUA